CAUUCGUUGAGCUCAUCAAGACAUACAUAUCACAUGAAAUGGAGCAUGGUGUUGGAGUUAACAAAUUGCAGCUUCAUCUUGGUGCAUCGAAUUCUGUCUCCUCUAUUUUGCCCUUAACAUCUGAACAAAUGUCCCCUCUUUUAAGCAAUGAAAGAGAAGAUUCUGAAGACAUACAACAGUUGCAGGAACCUAGUAAAGAAUUGCCAAAGCUACUGGAUAAUGCUUCAUAUUUGAUUCAUUUGGCUGUUUUUGGUAUUCUCGGGGUAUUAACAAGAUAUACUCUGGACAAGUUAUUCGGCCCUAGCGUUGGUCAUGUGACUAGUGACCAAACUAUUCUUUACCUUGACCUUCCUUCUAACAUGGUUGGUUCUUUUCUGAUGGGAUGGUUUGGUGUUGUAUUCAAAGAAGACAUAUCAAAUGUGUCCAAGUAUCUGGCUGUUGCACUGACAACUGGUUACUUAGGGAGUCUAACAACAUUCAGCGGCUGGAAUCAGAAAAUGCUUGAACUCAGUGUUACUGGGAAUUGGCUCUUUGUUGUGCUUGGCUUUCUAAUAGGGUUAUUCCUUGUUGCCUUUUCCAUCAUAUUUGGGAUAGAAACAGCUAAAGGUUUCAGGUGGCUUCUUACACGGCUAAACGUGACUUCAGGAAGUGAAACUAGUCGAGACAAGACCAAGGCAAAGGUGGAAGCCUUCAAACAUCACUUAGUAGUUAUGCUGGUGUUUUUGCUGAUAUUAGGCUUGUUAUGGGGUGUUAGUGGUGUAUUGAUGAUUGCUGAAUUCAAGAAUGGUGAAAACGCUUAUCUGUGGAUCGCUUGCAUUGUUGGACCUCUUGGUGUGUGGAUUAGAUGGCUUUUAUCCCGAUUAAAUGGACAUGGAUUAGGAUCAAGAGGUUUGUUGAGUUGGAUGCGAUUUGGAACUCUAACUGCAAAUGUCUCUGCUGCUUGUAUCAUGGCUGCACUUGCUACAACAAAGAUAUAUGUGAACACCAGGGAUUGUGAUACUAUUGUAAAAGGCAUACAGUUUGGCCUGUUCGGUUGUUUGAGUACUGUCUCUACCUUUGUUGCCGAGUUCAAUGAAAUGAGAGAAAGCGAGCACCCUUGGAGAGCAUAUGUUUAUACUAUAAUCACAAUAUGUUCCUCGUUCUUUUUAGGGAUCUUAAUAUACUCUGUGCCUAUUUGGAGAAUGGAUGAAAUAUAAAUGUCAGGUAGCCAUAGAAGGUAAUAUUGUCGUGACAGUCUAUUUACUUGAAGGAAUUAAGCAAUUUCGAAAAAGCACAAUAAUCUGUUAUCUCUUUUUCAAUGAAAAUUAGGUCAGGCAAAAUACCAGUUUUUUCAAGUAGCUGCUAUAUAGUACUACAGCGUAGCGGAAUUUGAACAAACUGUAGUUGUUUUGCAAUAGAUGAAUUAUGCACAAGAUAAUGUAAAGUCACUGUAAUUUUUUAUUUAUUUGGCAAAUGUAUUUGUUGCUCAAGACAAAUUAUUUUUAUUUGUAUAGUAUGAUACAAUAGCGUAGUAAAUCAAAUCUUAUAAACAUUUCAA